UUGAACAAUGCGGAGGGUUGCUUCGCAAACUCGACACUGUGCGGACUGUGCGUGAAGCAUCUUCAACUGCUCGAUUGACUCGGACAGCUCCGAACGCUUCAACUUCAACUGAGAGAAAGAAGAUUUGCUCAGAAGUCAUGGCAUCCUUUGAAAGCGUCUAUACGGUUUUCGUGAUCUUAGUCAUGAUUGUUGCGGGUCUUUCCUCUGUCGUGUUUUUGGUCUGGCGGUUUCGCACACAAGCGCCUUUACUCAUUCAUGUUACACCAGAGACCAAAGUACAGCCUUGGCCACGAAGAAUUUCAGCACUGGGAUUCUACAAGACCUGCCAUGAUGAAAACCAGAACAAAUGCCAACAGGAUGGAUGGUGGGGUCACACGGACCACACCAGUCACGUGCCGGCGGAGAUGAAGAGCACCAUAAGCGCAUUGAGCACGUUGGCGUGCAGUCUGCAGAUCUCGAAAAUGCCCAAACUCUUGGAGCACGUGCAAAUCUUCAGACCCAAGGCGCCACCGAGGAUACCAUCAGCUUUGCCUCAACUGCAGCUGUGCUCGCCAAAGCUGAACCAAAACACGGCUCCACUGGCUCCAUUGGAUCCAUUGGCUCCCAAAAAGCCGGCCAGGUCGACCUUGGUGAUUGUUGAAAGCCGCAGCCUACAGAGUCCGAAAAGACCGAGGGAGAUGAAAGAGAUGAAAGAAAGCGAACCAGAACCAAUUCUGCAUCCAAAGUGUCCACAGGAUACAGAGGAAAUCCCUGCUUGGCCUCAGGUAGCUUCUAGUGAUACAACGAGACUGCUUGCAGAAUCAGAUGACAGUCAACUGAUAGAUUUAUCUCCAAAGCAGCCAAUCAAACGAAAGAUGGAAAACAGCUGCAAUAUCUUCUUUGCCAAGAUCUCUUUGGAUGGUCAUGGAGAGCCACUGGACUUUGUUCCGCAACCAGUGAAAACUCAUCGAGUUCCUAAACGUGUCAUCUUUAUUGAGCCAAAUAUUGGCAGUUUUCCCAGACAUUUGGAGCAAAUCCCAGCUUUGCUGCAGCCAGCCUUGCCUCAAUGGCCACCAAAGCUGCGACCAAUGCUUUGGCCCACCGAGAGCCUCAUGUCAGAGCUCAACACUCCAGCCACCCCGGAACCACGGGCACCAACAAUACCAAAGAGGGUGAAGCAGCCCAGACCAGUGUUGCCACCCUUGUGGCCUCGCGAAGGACCAUGGUGGACGUUUGGAAGGAGCUGAUAUUGGGCAUGUGAGGACCAUUUGAUGAACAUGGUGAAAAUCAUGAACAAGGUCAGUUGGCCAUGAGUCGUCUUAGCUUCAAGCUCUUUCACGCAAGGAUCUUGACAAUCCCAUGACACCUGACAACUUGGCUUCAAGACGAAGUUGGACAUCUCGGGAGCCGGAAGAGGAGUUCGAGAACAUAAUCUAGCUGGGGAAGACAAAUCGAGGCAUUUUGCUUCUUUUAGUUUAUUGCAGUUUAUUGCUGCAUUUAUUUGAUGAUCUUGAUGUUCAUUAGAUUUUUAUUGAGGCAUGACAUGCAAUGUGCAAUGCCCAUUUUUUGAGGGCUGAAGGCCCUCGUGCCGCCCACUGUCACCAGAGGAGACUUGUGAGGUGGACUGUGACUAGGCAGUGUGAAGACGACCUUCAAAGGAGGUCGAACCAUGUCGAACACUGUCGAACAUUGGACCAAUUUGGGCCACUUAAAGUGAUCUAAAUCUGCUCAGGCUAAA